AUGUGCCAAAGCGGCUACUGCGACCCGUUUCAGCGUCAGUGCCGCCAAUCCUCUUCGGUCGCCGGCUUCGCCGUUUCGGACACAGCCUCCAUGACGUCAUAUUGACUGUAACUAUGUCUGGGUCUCCUGGUAAUAGGAUGGACAUAGAGCCUUUAUUUUCGUGCAGCAAACUCACAAGACCACAAAUCAAAUUCAAAUCAAGCACUUCUGUUUUUCUUUUUGCCACUGCAUGAGCGCCAAGAACGGAAAGGUCCUGCUGUCCAUUUCUUGCUACGCAUAGAAUACUAGCGAAUUACUUGCGUCUUCAUCCGACUUGGCAGGUUGCACGCACAUCGGGACUGUGAUGGCGGAGCCGGAUCUGAGUCGGAUCUCCAAGCCAUGAGAAGAAAUGUGUACCUAAAGCAAGUUCCAAAAAAUGCACGUUGACAAAAACAAUAAAUGCGCGCAAGUGAUUAUCUUCAAAGCGGCUUUGAAUGGGUAAUGGGUAAGCCCGCCAGCGCCAGCCCCAGACAUAUGCGCCACGCAUACGUCAGAUUCUGUCGCGAUACGCACACAAGGCACCACGGACGAGGAGCUGGAGUCUCUCUAUGUUUGCGACGGUCGCGGCGAGGUGCUGUCGUCCGCCAAAUGGGGUAAGUGCCACAAUUUUGGCGCUGACGUCGAUCCAAGCCUGGCACAAUGCCGCUGCCGGUUUUCGUUUUUGCUGCAGUACUGGGCCAACCACUGGGCGCCCUGCCAUACACAAGCGGCGGGAAAGAACUUUUGCACCUACUUCGGCGACCAAGACCGGCACGUGCGAAUCGCGAUGAAGUUUUCCUUGCUUCUUCCAGAGGACGCAACUACCGCCACUUUCUCCCGCGAUGUGUACAUCAAAACCGCUGUUGCCGCCGCUAUCGAGACAGCUGUCGCCACACCGUGUCCAAGCCUUGCCGUGUUCGACAUUGCGCUGGAAACGAUUGAAGUGAGCGGCUCUGGCUUUCGCAGUGCGCCCCCGUACAACGCGGUGCCUCGGGAAACCAGGAUCGUCGCGAAGCUGCUUGUCGCACAGUCAAAGGCAACACUGGCAAGAACUUGCCUCGUGAGCUCGGCGUUUCGCACCGCAUUUCGUGCCGAAUUCGGUGCGGAUUACCGCGACCGCGAACACAAGUGCCGGUUUUCGCGGCAGCUUCUGAACGAGGGAAGCGCCGCGGUCUUUUGCAAAGGCGAGCUCGCUGCUGUUUACGCAAACUCCUACGCGCAACUGUUUCACCAGAAUGCCGUUGACGGGUCGACGGCCUAUCAACAGGCAUACCUAACCAUUUUUCAGCGGACGCAAAAUUUGAUUACGGAGCCGGUGAUUCUGAUUGAAUCCGUGGAUGCGGUGUCCGAACUGCCCGCGCACGAGUCGAAUGCAGCUUCGGCGACCGACUAUGAAACUAUCUCAACAGUGGCUCGUCCUUUCGCAAAUAACGGCGCGGAAGGCAAUUUCAGCUCGGGACUACUGGCGGCGUCUUCUGCCACGACUACCACGACAGCAAUUUACUUUUCCAAUAACCACCUGCCUUUGCCAGAGCAGGGUGCUGACAUGGAAGCGAAUACCUUCCACACGAGUACCACGACAACCACCACCACCAAUCUAGCCUAUUCACUGCGCGCCAGCGUGAAGCUGUCUGUCAUCCCGCCGCCCGGAACGAUUUGCAUUAUGAGAGUGUCAAGGUUGGAUGAAAUCGACAGGGUGAAUAAAACAUUGCCUCGUGCGUAUUCAAAUCGAUACAAAUGCAAGUGUCUCCCUCCAUCAUUCGUAAGUGGUGCCUUACUAAUUUAGCCAACGUUCUUCAGAUUGCUGCUUUAUCAUUCUGUCAUGUUGCGUAGCGGAAAGACCGGCCGGGGCGCUCCUCCUGUCCUGUUCUUUCGCAACCCUUCCCGUGCGGCUAGCCACGCUUACUUACAGCCGGCCUCACUUUCUAUUCCUGCAAGACAGGCACAACUCGAGGCCCCGCAUUAUGUCUUGUUCUUGCGUUGCAAGUUUAUUCCGCCACUUUCUUGUCGAUUUCCAAACAAUCCUGACCACGCUUCCAUAUGCAGCGCAGCGUACUUAGUGUCACAGCUAAGCAGUCCUUUCCGCAACGGGAUCGCACGAUAUCUCGACGUUGCGCCGGAGUCCGUUAGUCUGCUAGACGCCAACUGUCUACCGGAGUACCUAGUCCCAACGCCGGUAACGAGCACGAGUGUAGCUGGAGCAACGCCCGCCUGGGCUGCAACCAGCAGCGCGAUUGGAGGUGGUCCGGAGCGGGUGCGCAAACAAGUACGGCGGCGAUUGGGUAUCGGUUUUCGCGCUGAGAUCGCGUACCAGGUAAGUGGCUUCACAGACAGAGACACCGCUAGCGCCGCAGGCGACCGCGUUUCGGUCACCGACAGUGCACAGGCCGCGGUGUUUGAGCAAACGCUGCAUGCAUGCUUCUCGGAGCACGACCCGGAACUUGGAGUGCUGUCCGUUGCUCAAGGGUCUACUUUGCCGACAGUUUCCGUCGCGGGCGGAAAUGGAAGCAUACGGGGGGCGGAUGGUGCUGCAGCAAGCGCAGGGAUGAGCCCGACUGUGAUCGCGCUCCUUGUCUGCUUUCUUUUGCUGGUUGCCUGUGUGCCCGCAAUCGGAGUCGUAUUGCGCCGCUACGAAAUGCUUUCGCCGGCAUGGACUGCUCGGGUUGACUGGUUUCAGAGGCAGUUGCUGCACCCAUUCUACAACAAGCUGCUGGCCCUUACCCACCCACCUGUGGCUCGUGGAUAUCUGAAACCGGAGCGGGCGGAGAAAAAUCAGCUGCGAUUUGGAAAGAAAGCAACUUCAGGAGACGUGGCAGAAUCGAAAAACUCCCGAGGAAAGUACGUUGACGAGGAGAUCUCCUCUGUCGCUGGCGAAAGUGAAGAUGGUUCUUUUGGUGCUGCUUUUCCCAGUAGAUCAGAUCUGGAGUGGUCGUCGUCUCCGAGCAACAAGUUGUCAGACACGACAACAAGUGCCGCGGCUAGGAGUAGAGACAAUCUCCAUCGAGCUCCAUUUGUUGCAGAAACUAAGGACAAUCAAAAUGCUACAAAGGAUACGUCCCUUUCAACAAGCAACAAUAAAAUGCUUCGCUUCAAUAAUGUCGAAGGCGAUGAAGUUGAAGAAGCUGCAGGGAUGAAACAUGAAAAAGAGACGAGAUCAUGUUCCUCGAGCACCACAAUAAGAAACGAAAGAACUACUGACCCCGGGUCAGCCGACGCAGCAGGACUAGAGAGCCCUACAAAACCGACUGGCGGUGGCGGCACCAUCUACCUGCAGGACCUUGCUGCCCUCGGGAAGACUGCGCCAAGAUACGUGAAAAACAAUUUUGAUCGCGUCCUUAAUCGCGUGCGGUGUGGGUUUUCAGGACUCCUCCAAAGUGGGAAGUCACGGCAACAUACCGGCAAAGUGGCACCUGCUUCGUCCGCCUUGUCAAAUGGUUGUGGUUCAUCUGCAGGACGGUACCACCUGGAUCGAGAAGCCCAAGCGGAUGCUGUGGGUGGUCACCUCCACAUCACCGUUGAAAAAUCACAGUCGGGAAUUGAUUCUGUUUCUGCCGAUACCCGGCUACGAGAGACUAGUACUGCCAAGGGGGGCGAAAUAAAUAGCAUAAGUGCUGCAAUCGAAGCACGAGCAAGUGCUGCCGAUAGAAAUAGUGACCAGGAACCGAUCUUUGCACGACCAUUCGAAACAGGAGCCGCAUCUUCGUGGGAGCCACCAGAUCCAGAGAAUUUUCAGGCAACAAUAUUGUCUGCAAUAGAUGAAAAAGGCGAGAGUCCGUACCUUAUUUCGCACUUUUCGCCUCUGCGGCCAGCGGGGGUGGACAACAUUCCGGUGCCCGCUCUUCUAAGGAACGGCGGCGUGAUGCGGGCAGCAUCCCAGUUGUUACCGCAAAGUCCGCCGGAGCCGGACGAGAAACAAAGUAACACUGGGCAGGUACAUCUUGGAAGUCAAGCCCUUGCCAUUCCCCCAGCUAAUUCCAGCGGUAUUCUGCACACAGUCGGCACCGCAGGAGGCCACACGGAGCCACAACACGCAACAGAAAGCGAAAUCGCCCAACAGCAUGAGCACUACAUGCUAUAUAAUAUGCAGGCUGUCCAGGAGCUGCACCUGCAGCAGCAGGUUACCAACCAGUGGCAGGCGCCGCAGCACCUUCACCAGCAGCAGCAUCAAGUGCUCUUCGGCCGACGUCAACAGGAAGCUACAAGUGGCGCAGCUGCAGUGGGGCAGUCUCACUACCACCCGGCCCAGUCAGCAACCAGCACUGCAGCUCAUGUGCUAGUAAAGGCACAGAACUCACAAAUGAGAAUGACUCUCGAUGCGGGAAAUGUCUACCACCAGCAACAGCUGCAGCGGCAGCUGGGUUCGUUUUGGAUGACUUGA